UAACCUCAGUAAGCCCAAUGUCCCAAUUGCUUCUGCAAUGCGUCCCUCUCCUAUUGACCGUCCAGGUCUUCUGUAAACUGUGCUGAGUCAACAGGCCCCAAUGGGGCUGGUAAGCAGAUGGGACACAGCCAGCCAGCAUGCAACAUUUUAAAAGGUGGAAAAGGGUGGGAAGCCACCUUUUCCCAUGGCGGAAGUUGAUAGAAGGAAUGAAUAAUAUUUACAUCUCAGAUCAGUUCUCCAUUAAAAGCAAAACAUAUAAAAGCUGGUGCCAUAUUUGCCUGGAUACCUAUGUCAGAAAAAAAAGAUAAAAUUAAUACGGAGACAUUGAUAGAACUUCUGUCUUUUGUUUCUUCCUUCCUUGAGCAUUUAUACCCAAAAUACAGAGUGAGGGGAGAAUCCCUCUGAAAGGCCAGCAGUCAGCUGCAUUGUGAGUCCCUUCUCUACUUUCUUCCUAUGCUUUUGAGUGGCACUGGCAGGUUAGUCAUGCCCAUUUAAAAGUUUAUAUACAGCAGUUGUUCACAGAGCUUAUCAGGAAUUAUGGAUUUGCUGUUGUAGCUGCAGCCCUGUACGAAAUACAAAAAAUGUACUUAAAACAGAAAACAUACGUGCCUUGCGCAAUAAAUUCAAACACCUCUCUUGGUGCUGUUCAGUCAGGAAAGGACAUCUGAACCCCUGAUGAGGAGACAUUCAUUGUCCUGAAACCCAAAGCAGGUUCCUUGCAUCUGACAAGGGAAAGUUCUGGCAGGGCAGGGGUGUGAUGUCCAGGGCCUAAACAUGCUGACAGCUCCCUCUCAGAGCAGGGUGUUAUCUGCUGCCUUCCUCCUCAGGGGCAGAGACCGACUGGCCCACACCUUUUUAGAAGCAGACCUUGCACAAGUGUCAUAAAUCUCUGCCUUGCCUGCUACGCAGCGCUGCCACUGCACUGGGUAUCACCGGGAACCAUCCAUUUGAACUGUACUUCAUUUUGCAGCCCAGGGUAGAAGAAACAGAUUACUUUGCCACCUAUUUGGGGGGAUAAUUUCUCCACCUCCUUGGUGCCUGAGACUUGUCUUACCUCAAUACCCAGCACUACUUUUUCACAAUAUCUCCGUCUGUACCGUCGGUGCUCGAUUUGUCUGUGUUUGUGCAGACAUGCAUGGCAAGGAUGUGCUCCCGGAGCUUGUGUAGUUCCAGAAUCACAACAUCCCAGUGAUCCAUCAGGAAAAUUCGACUGAAGGGCAGCAUGGUCUUGCUUUAAGCAAGCCAAGGUAGCAGGCAAACCUGCACUCCCUUCCCCACCCCGCAGGACAGGUAGUCUUUGAAGACUGUGGGAAGGUGCAGGUGUUUAUUUCGGCAAAAGCUGCAGUGAUGUGUAAAAAAGAGAGGGAAGGGAUCUCCCAGCUUUUUGGGGAUGGCCUCUGUAUAAUGCCAUUUGAAUCUUACUUUUUGUUUGGUGGUAAGUUUUAAUAGUUAUCCUUUGAGGAUUUUCCCAGUGAGCUUAUCUGAAUACACCAACAGUCUUUUUUGUAAUAUUCGCAUUUCCCCUUUGGUUCAGCCGAGCCCACUGACAGAUCAUUCAAAUUCAAUUGUUUUAUGUCUAAGCCGAACAGCUAAUUAAAGUAGGGAUGAUUAACCUGACUGGCAGUGUCGCUCUCUCUCCCUCGCUCUCUCGCUCCCUCCCUCCCUCCCUCCCUCCUGUUCCAAUCAGUCUUUUUCUCACACUCUCCCUCUCUCUCCCUCUCUCUCUCUCUCUCUCUGUCUUUUGCUCUACUGUGUGUGUGUGUGUUUUUUUUCCUCUCUCCUAAACGUGGUCUGCUUGCUGAUGGCAGAAUGGCACUCGGAGAUUUGUGCAUUGUGUCUGGUUUCCUACGGGCAGGCUGACCCAGUGCCUCUAGGGACUUAUCAAUAGACCACUCAGAAGAGACAGAGACAGGAGAAAGGAGGAGGGGUGGGGGGGGAGAGAAAGAGAGAGGGAGAAAGAGAGAGAGAGAGAGAGAGAGAGAAUCAAUAUCAAGAAUAGAAGGAGCUCCGAAGCCAUUUUUUUUUUUUUUAAAGAAGUAUCAGGACUUGGGAAGAGGGUGACAAAGAAGGUUUUUCAAAGAGGCAGUGGAGGAGGUUCUAAUAAAUUUGGAAGGAAACAGUUCCCUGUCUUGGGAAAAAAGGAGAACUCCUGGCUGAUUAGCAUUCACACCAGGUAUGAGAUGUUCCCUACCCCUUAUCACUGUCGCAACCGAGAUGGAAAAAAGCGCUUCCCCCCCCCCGCUUUAUUUUUUUUUUGGUUGUUUGUUUUUGGUUUUUUUUCCUUCCCUUCUUUCCCCCCCCCCUCCCCCCCAGCCGUCUCUGCUCUUUAAGUAGCUGGAGCGAGCGUUUAUUUUGGUACGUUGGUUGGUGGUGGCAGGGGGAGUGCGAGCUGUGGGCAUUUGUGUGCUGGGAGCAGGGAGAAUGGAAGCAGGGCAGCGGGGAGGGGGCGGCUGGGAGAAGAGCCGGGAGUGUGUUACUGUGUCUCCUCUUUGUGCACCCCUGGGGGGGGUUACCCAAGUUCAUUUCCAGCAGGUGGAUUUAGACAGGGAGUUACUUAACGCUUGACCGCCAGUUUUGAAAAAAAAAAAAAAAAAAAAAAAAGGAAAAAAGGAAAAAAAAAAAAAGGACCUGCUUCCUAUGUCUAUUAAAGGAAGCUCCAAUUUUUCCCUCUCUCUCCUCUCUCUCUCUUUCCUCUCUUCCUAACCAGACAGCGGGAGGGUUUCUGGCUCCUCGCCAGCCCAAAAGCCUCUAAGUGUUUUGCACUUGUUUCAGGGAGCCCGGGGAUUUUUUUUCAGCAUUUUCACUAGAGAACAAAGAGUUCUUUACAAAGGAAGGGGGAGAGCGAGCUUAACGCCUGAGAUAUGUUUUUCUAUUUUUAUUAGGGAUUUUUUUCCCCCUCCUAAAAAGAAAGCAAGAGAAGCAAAGCACAGAAUGUGUGGCAGCAACAAAAUAGAUUGAAAGGAAAUGCAGUUCCUUUACCUCCAAAUUAUAAUUUGGAAUUAAUAAGAACAGGAAUGGAAGGGGGACAAGAAGAAGUGAGUUUGACACAGCCUCUCUCUGUUCCCUGCCCCAAUGAACGUCUGCACUAGGUCCAAGGCUUGGAGUAAUUUACCUGAAGAGUGAUACCAUUUGGAAACCACUGAAGAAACCCAAGACAGCUGAAAACCAGAAGGCGUCUGAGGAGAAUGAGAUUACUCAGACGAGUGCAUGCAGCGCCAAGCCGGGCCUUCCCUGCCUGAACCUUGAAGCUGUUCCUCCUGUGAGCCCGGCCCUCAUCCGCUCUCCACAUUCACCAACAAAUCUGCACGCACACACAGGGUCAUCUGAUUGUAACAUCAGUUGCAAGGGGAUGACAGAGCGCAUUCAUAGCAUCAACCUUCACAACUUCAGCAAUUCUGUGCUCGAGACCCUCAACGAGCAGCGCAACCGUGGCCACUUCUGUGACGUGACGGUCCGCAUCCACGGGAGCAUGCUGCGCGCCCACCGCUGCGUGCUGGCGGCUGGCAGCCCCUUCUUCCAGGACAAGCUGCUGCUGGGCUACAGCGACAUCGAGAUCCCCUCGGUGGUGUCGGUCCAGUCCGUGCAAAAGCUCAUUGACUUCAUGUACAGCGGGGUGCUGCGGGUCUCACAGUCAGAGGCCCUCCAAAUCCUCACCGCCGCCAGCAUCCUGCAGAUCAAGACUGUGAUUGAUGAGUGCACAAGGAUUGUCUCACAAAAUGUGGGAGAUGUCUACCCGGUGAUUCAGGAUUCUGGCCAAGAGACACCCAGGGGAACACCUGAAUCAGGCACCUCGGGGCAGAGCACUGACACAGAGUCUGGCUACCUGCAGAGCCAUUCACAGCACAGUGUGGACAGGAUCUAUUCAGCCCUCUAUGCCUGUUCCAUGCAAAAUGGCAGUGGGGAGCGCUCCUUUUACAGUGGAGCUGUGGUCAGCCACCAUGAGACAGCCCUGGGACUCCCCAGGGACCAUCACAUAGAAGACCCCAGCUGGAUUACCCGGAUCCACGAACGGUCGCAGCAGAUGGAGCGGUACCUCUCCACCACUCCAGAGACCACACACUGCCGGAAGCAACCCCGCCCUGUCCGAAUCCAAACCCUGAUGGGCAACAUCCAUAUUAAACAGGAGAUGGAGGAUGACUAUGACUACUACGGCCAACAGAGGGUGCAGAUCCUUGAGCGCAACGAGUCUGAGGAAUGCACUGAGGACACCGACCAAGCAGAAGGCACUGAGAGCGAGCCCAAAGGGGAGAGUUUUGACUCGGGUGUCAGUUCCUCCAUUGGCACCGAGCCUGAUUCUAUGGAGCAGCAGUUUAUGGCUGGCCUGGGCCGGGAUGGGCAGCAAGAACCUUCUCAAACAGAUCAAAAUGAUGUCCCUGCUGACGGCACUCAGCCGCAGCAGCAGCAGCAACAUGUAGAUGCCAACUCUUCCUCACCAGAGAGAAGCAAUGACAUUGAAAUGGACAGCAAAGUGCUCACAGUCAAUAACAGCACCGAAAAGGGGGCUUUGCAGCCUUCUGUCAACACAUCUGUUGCCCAACCAUUGCCAACCACACAGAUCUACUUACGCCAGACAGAAACCCUCACCAGCAAUCUGAGGAUGCCACUGACUCUGACCAGCAACACUCAGGUCAUUGGCACAGCUGGCAACACCUACCUGCCUGCCCUUUUCACCACGCAGUCUGCUGGCAGCGGCCCUAAGCCUUUUCUCUUCAGCCUGCCCCAGCCUUUAGCUGGCCAACAGACACAGUUUGUGACAGUGUCCCAGCCCGGCCUGUCAACCUUUACUGCCCAGCUGCCAGCCCCACAGCCCCUGGCCCAGUCUGCGGGCCACAGCACAGGGGGUGGGCAAGGCGAAAAAAAGCCUUACGAGUGCACUCUCUGUAACAAGACUUUCACCGCCAAACAGAACUACGUCAAGCACAUGUUUGUACACACAGGUGAGAAGCCACACCAAUGCAGCAUCUGUUGGCGCUCCUUCUCUUUAAAGGAUUACCUAAUCAAACACAUGGUGACACACACUGGCGUGAGGGCCUACCAGUGCAGUAUCUGCAACAAGCGCUUCACCCAGAAGAGCUCCCUUAACGUGCACAUGCGUCUCCACCGCGGGGAGAAGUCCUACGAGUGCUACAUCUGCAAGAAGAAGUUCUCCCACAAGACCCUGCUGGAGAGGCAUGUGGCUCUGCACAGUGCCACCAACGGCACGCCCGGAGCCACCGGCGCCGGCGCGAGGGCUGUCCCCGCCGGCGUGGUGGCCUGCACGGAGGGGACCACGUACGUCUGCUCUGUCUGUCCAGCUAAGUUUGACCAAAUUGAGCAUUUCAACGACCACAUGAGGAUGCAUGUGUCAGACGGAUAAGUAGAAUCUCUCUCUCUCUCUUUGUUAUGAACAACAAAAAUAGAAACAACAAAAAAAGCUAUGGCACUAGAAUUUAAGAAAUUAUUUUUGUUUCGUUUUUACCUUUUAUUUUCCUCCUUUUUUUGGGUUCAUUUCAUUUUGUUGGUUUUUGUACUACAUGAAGAACUGUUUUUUGCCUGCUGGUACAUUACAUUUCCGGAGGCUGGGUGAAUAAUAAUUUUCCCAACCUCCCUCGGAUGGUGGCCUUAAGGCCAGGUAGUGCUUCAUGAGCUCCACUGGUUGGAUCUCUAGCUACUGGCCUCUAAAUACAACCCUUCUUUACUACAAAAAGCAAACAACAAAAAAAAAAUCACAAAAAAAAAAAUUAAAAAAACAGACAGAAAAAUCAUUAAAAAAAAAUC